AUGGACGAGGCCAACCCCCCGAUGGGUAAAGCGGCCUUUCCGAUGAACGACAUGGCCUUUCCGAUGGACGAUGCGGCUUUUCUGAUGGACGAUGCGGCUUUCCCGAUGGACGACGCGGCCUUUCCGAUGGACGAUGUGGCCUUUCAGAUAGACGACGCGGGCUUCCUGAUAGACGAAGCCUCCCCACUGAUGGACGACAAUGACAUGGCUCGGCUCGUACACACGUUCAACAGUCUCCCGUGCCCCGCCUCUGUCGUCCCGAAGCAAUGCUGGCCCGGCCCUGAAUCUCAAUGCCCGCACCACACGGACCCCAUAGGCUGCCAGACUCACCCUUAUGCACCCAACGACUGGAUACUCAGCCGCCUAGAGUUCCCGGCUGGGCGGGUGCACCUUGUCAUGUGCAAUGGACGUUGGUGCUCCACCCUUCUCCUGGGACAGGAGGCGAGCGGGCGCAAUGGCCCAAUGGGCGUGGACCGCCUGGUCUCCAUGCUUGUUGUGAACCUUCUCGUGAACUUUGCCGGCGGCCUCACCAACGCCCGCAUCCCGUCCGAGGCACCCGGCGUCCCGUUCGCGCCGGCCACGUGGGGCACAGGCUCUCCCCAUUUUGUCCCUGCCAUCCAAGCCAAGCUCAGAAGCCUCGGCAUGGACGACGGCAACGUCACUGGCAGACCGCAAAGUCCUGUCGAGUUUCAGUGCUUCUAUCGAGAGGCGUCCCGCUACGCAUCGGCAGUGAUGAACUGGGGGCUCCGGGAGACGAUUCGGGAGCGGGCAACCAGGCGAAACGAUAUCUGGGACUAG